CAAACACUCAGAAUAAAGUGAGAUGAUCUGCUGAUGAUCCUGAAUGUCUUGUUGAAUGAGUGUUGAUCGUCUGAGGCUCAUCAAUAUUAACAGCUGCUGAAAACACUCUUUAUUUCAUGACAAUAGUUCCUGUUCUCACCUCAGUUAUUAUGCUGAUGUCUUCAGAUCUCCUGUAAAUUGCCACUUCAAGCUAAUGUCAUUGGUGUCAACAGACUGAAGGUAUUUGUUGCUUACAAAUAUGUAGAUUUAUUUCUGUCUUUAUGCUUCCCGAUGAUUUCCUCACAGUUCUUUAUAAAAUAUUGUGAAUUAGCAUCAGUUGCUUUAUGAUAAACAGAUAUAAAUGUUUACGUUGGUUAAUUAGUAUACGAGUCAAAGACAAAAAUGGGUUUAUAUAGCAAAAAAAAUAAUAAUAAUAAAAAUAAAAAUAAUAAUAAAAACUUUCCAUGCAUAUUUAGAAGAAGAAUCAUUUGAUGACAUGUUCAAACACUGUGUUUAAGGAUCUUAGUGCAGCCCAAAAAUACUAAUUAAUUGUCCAUUUAAAUCUCUAUACUUUGAUACUAUCCUUCAAAACACUAGCUUUUACCCAUUUGCCAGCAAGAACUCUGUAAUCAUUUAAAAUAGCCUAAUAAAAUUAAGUAUGAUCUCUUUUUUAUAUAUAUACAGUAUUUUAUUAAGUACAGGUCAGAAUAACUGUAACUAAUGGGUUUUCUGUGAGUGUAUAUAUAACUUUGGUCAAUUUCAUUUGUUGCAGACUUUGACCCUAUAAAAACAAACUCAGUAAGUGAUAGAUUUUUGAUUUUGGCAGAUCAGCUCCUCUGGAACUCAUCAUCAGUGAAGCUCCUCCCACACUGGAACUCAUCAUCAGUGAAGCUCCGCCCACACUGGAACUCAUCAUCAGUGAAGCUCCGCCCACACUGGAACUCAUCAUCAGUGAAGCUCCUCCCACACUGGAACUCAUCAUCAGUGAAGCUCCUCCCACUGCAGUUCAGCAAUAAAUGCUGGAAGAUUCCCAUCAGUUCAGAAGUGAAGGCGAGCGUCAGAGCAUCAGGAAGAGCUGAAAUCUGAUCAAAGACUGAGUUUAUUAAAGAGGACAGAGAGAAGAUGAGAGAUCCAGAGCCCUGCAGAAUCAAACACACUGAAGAUACUGAACAACAAACAGAGCUGAUGGAAGAGAGCGAGGAGAAUGAAGAACUGAGUGAAGUGGAGGAGGAGCAUCAUGACAAACCUGGAGAAAAACCUUUGAGUCGCUCAAAGACUAAAAAUACAUUUUUAAAGAAAAGAAAAGCCAAUCAAUCUAUCACCUGCACUCAGUGUGGAAAGAGUUUCACAAACAAACAAAAUCUUGAGUGUCACAUGAGAGUUCACAACGGCGAGAGGCCGUUCACGUGUGACCAAUGUGGAAAGAGCUUCACACAACCAACACAUCUUAAAGGACACAUGAGGAUCCACACCGGAGAGAAGACGCACACGUGUGAUCAGUGCGGGAAGAGUUUCCCAUACAAACUAAGUCUUGAGUUUCACAUGAGAGCUCACACCGGAGAGAAGCCGUUCACGUGUGACCAAUGUGGAAAGAGCUUCACGCAACCAGCACAUCUUAAAGGACACAUGAGGAUCCACACCGGAGAGAAGCCGUUCACGUGUGACCAAUGUGGAAAGAGCUUCACGCAACCAGCACAUCUUAAAGGACACAUGAGGAGCCACACCGGAGAGAAGCCAUUCGUGUGCGGUCAGUGUGGAAAGAGAUUCACAAAACAAGGAACCCUUAAAGCACACCUGACAGUUCAUAUGAAUGAGAAGCCACAUUCCUGUUCUGAAUGUGGAAAGAGUUUUUCACUGCUGCGGAGUUUACAUGUACAUCAGAAAACUCACACUGGUGUGAGAGAGUACUUGUGCUUUGAGUGUGAGAAGACUUUUACUACAGCGAGCUCUUUAAACCUGCACCAGAAGAUCCACACUGGAGAGAAACCUUACAAGUGUUUACACUGUGACAAGAGAUUCACUCAGUUAGGAAAUCUGAAAAGACAUGAGAAGAUCCACAGCAGAGAGAAGCCGCACACGUGUGAUCAGUGCGGAAAGAGUUUCUCUAUUAAAAGUCACCUGAAGCUACACAUGAAGAUCCAUUCAGUGGAGAAACCACACAGCGAUGUUCACAAGUCUUCAUCGCUGGAGUCAGAGUCAAGUCUCGAGUGAUUUAAUGACUUGCUAAAAAAAUCUCAUUAAAAAUCCUCAUGAACUGAACUCAUCCUAAUCACAAAGCUCUAGACAAAAUAUAUGAUCUUCUAUGAGAUGCUUUGUAAGGUUAAUGUACAUCCAGCCUGUAAUACAAUUCUACGAUAAGAGAUCUGCCUGAUCUACCAUGACACAUAAGCAAAUAUGUGACACUGAUAUUACAAAACCAUACAAAUAAAGUCUUUCUUUAUGAUACAAGUCUGGGGAAUUCAAUUAAAGUUCCAGGAGGUCCGGUGUCUUCCCAGCGAAGGAGUGGACUAAAAUAAAUAAUUUAUGGGCCAUUCUUCAGAAUUGGUCCAAAGCCAGAGUUGGAAACGUCUUGAAAAAAUUGUAUGUAUGCAUAUUGUAUAAUAUCCAAGGUACACAUUUCUAGUAAUUGUGCAGUUAAUUAUCAUAUUGUAUUUUCAGAAAGUUUUGGAAUAUUUGUCCUCUCCCCAAAUUUGUCACUACCAAAACACAGUAAUAAUAAUUUAAUUAGAAGGGUUAUAUUGGUCUAUUAAGAUUUUGCUUAUAUCUACAUUGUAAAUAUAUAUUUUUGCUAUUUUAUUAAAAAAAUUCAGAGGAAAAUCAAUAAUAAUUACAUUUUUAAUAAUAUUUCAAAUGUAAUUUAUGAGAUUUGUUGUAUUUUGAAUCCAUUUUUUCUUAGUAAAAGGCAAAAAGUUGAUCAUACUGAUUUAAAAGUUAAGGAUUCAUUAGUUUGAAUAUACAUUGAACCAAAAACUAUCAUAACAUCUCAGUUGAUAAUUCAAUAUACUUCAUUUUUGACAAAAUAUCCCAUGUUUCGGCAGUAACUGCACAUUUCCAACAGUGACAGAAAUGCUUUGGUAGCGACUACAUUACAUUACAGAACUUUAACUCACAAACAAAAACACUAUGAAAACAUACUGAAAUAAUAAAAAAAAAAAAAAAAAAACAUUUGCAUAAUUGUACUAAUAUUGUGUUUAUUUCCUCCAAAUUUGAGGAUUAUGUUUUCCCUUUUGUCACUCAAAACAAUAAUGACAUGUUUCCGUAGUGAAACUCCACCGAAUGUUUCGGUAGUGACAGUUUUAGAUACUUUUGAACCUAGCUCAAAGAUGCUAAUCAGCACAUGGUUAGCUAGCACAGUUCUGAACAGUGGUACACAUGUAAAAACUAAAUGUUAUGGAAUAACUCCCAAAAAAGUUUGUUUAAAUGCCGAAAAAAGGUGUUCGGUAGUGAAGUUCCUUAGUUACACACAGAUUUUUUUGACUUUUGAACACAUUUACCUUAAAAUGAUGAGACCUAUCUACUCACACCUUGUGAGCUAUCAGAGAGGGACACAGGAAUAUUUCCUGAUCAUAAAUGUAUGGGUUUAGUUAAAAUUACACUCGGACAAUGGAAUAAAACACACACUGUUUCGGUAGUGACAUGAAAAAUGUGGGGCACAUUUUGUUACAUUUUGCUACAUAAAGUUUCAUAAUAUACAAAGAAAAUAAGAUAAUUUUAAAAACAACAAUAGAAAAAAUACAAAAAUGAUUUCAAUAUAAUUUUCAGAAUAAUAAUGAAAUUUAUGGGUUAGGAUUUCGGGACAGUACCCAAUAAAUGAUAUAUAUUUAACCCUGGACCACAAAACCAGUCAUAAGUGUCAAUUUUUUUAAAUUGAGAUUUGUACAUUGUCUGAAAUCUAAAUAAAUAAUAUUUCCAUUGAUGUAUGGUUUGUUAGGAUCGGACAAUAUUUGGCCGAGAUACGACUAUUUGAAAAUCUGGAA